AUGGCUUCUCCGUUACUUGGUCCACCGGAGCUCCGACACUACAACUUUAACCUCCCAGAACCCACCACAGAUUCUGGUCCAUCCAUGGAGCUAAUAGGCCAAACCGAGAACGGAGCCGACACGUAUCUCUCCGCCGGUAAUCCAUGCCUCGACUUCUUCUUCCACGUUGUUCCAAGCACUCCAAAGGAAUCUCUCGAAGACAGACUCUACGAGGCUUGGAAGCACGACGCGUUAACCACUCUCAAGCUUGUAUGUAACCUUCGUGGAGUCCGUGGUACUGGAAAAUCCGACAAGGAAGGGUUUUACACGGCGGCUUUUCCCAGAGAUUCUUUACCGGAUUCUACAAGGCCACGAGAUCCGCAAGACGCAAAAAUCGGAAUGGGGGCAGAGGAAAAUGGCACUCGGGCGAUCAUCUCGAGCCGGAAGGACAAGAAGAUACUAUUGGGGAAGGAAGCCGGUAUUGUCUCGAUCCAGACUAUAGAUUUCUGCACGAACGAGUCUCCGAUCACCUGA